AAACUUUCUUUGACGGUUUUAUAGAAGACAGUCGUCCAGUUCUCGCUACUUUAGGCCAUGAAUAUGUUACUAUAUAUCUUUGAUCUACUUUCUAUAGACUGGUUUAGGUUGCAAGAAGAGGGUUUUGUGGUGUGAAUGAGACGAUUUAAUCACGGCAAUCGAUUGCAUUUAAUCUCCGGCUACUAAGCCCAGCCAGCCAGAGCAGCCCAGUGGCCGACAUCUCCCGAGCAGCGCUCCGAUCAUUGGUACUAAUCGCGGUGGGCAUUUGUGGACCAUUGUGGUCGGUGCCCCCGUCCGUUUUGGCACACGCGGCCCAGAGAGGUCUUCGGCGGCGAAUCUGUCUUCUUUUUAAGACAAGCUUAAACUGUGAAAAUGACCGCGUUGCGAUUUGUCAGGACUUGGAAAGGCGACGGACACUUAGAUUUUGUAACAGGAGCAAACAAGCUCUCCUUGAGGGAUGCUUUCGUAUAGACGGAUCUCAAUGGUGGCGACGUCUACUAGAGGAGAUUUCAGGCGCAUGAUGGGGCAAUCCAAUCAUGUGACGACGCAUCCAUUCAACCCGAGUGUCUUCUUAAUGCUGUUUCCCGUCGGCAGCGAAUUGCAGACGUAUUUACGGAGCGGUUUGAGUCCUUCUCCUCCUCCUUCUCCUCCGUCUGCGGGUUUGUGUUCCUUUUCUUUCUCUCUCUCUCUCUCUCUCUCUCUUCUUUUUUUAGUAUGAUUGGAAAACCGGUCCUCUACUAGAUGUUAAGUAGGUCAUCUUCGAACCCUGAGGCAGCCGUUAGCAGGUGGUGUAGUACUAGUGGAAGUUGUAACUUUUUAUUUUUUCUUCUUUUUUUUUAACGCGAAGGGAAGUGAUACAGAAGCGUACAGACAAACGCGUGCACAAACGAGGCGAAAACCGCCCUGCCUGCCUCUCUCUCUCUCUCACACUCUUUCUCUCUCUCUUUCUCUCACUCUCUCGCUCGCUCUCUGGAGCUUAAAUGCCGUCGCCACGAGAAGGUCGCUCAUUGUUUCACGCAAAAUGGCUGAGAGAAGCAGGAUUCUUGAGCGGCUCAGCGUCGGCCUACGCGCGGUGGUGACCUUCGCGCGAUUCUGACGGCCUUUUGGAGCUCGAAAGUGCAUUAAAAGUGAAGUUUAAAAAAAAAAGAAGGGAAUUAAGUGUGAAAACAGGUUUAUUUAAGUUCGUGGUGUUGCCUCAAAAUCGGUUCAAGAUGGGUGCCAAGGCGAAGCGAGAACGUGAAGAACUCUAUUUCACGUUGUUCGUCGUGUUAGUGGUACUAGUGUCGAUAUUCUUGGUGCCAGUCUUUGCCACCAUAGAAGAGGUCGAGGUCACCCCGACCAACACAAACGGCGUGGAACUCGGCGAACUGUCCUUCAUGCAGUUCGUUCUCUUCGCCAUCGUCUUCCUCAAGUUCGUCACUCUUUACACGGUGGGAGUCCUGCCCUUCGAAGUAGACUUGGGGGCCACGGUGGAUAAAUUAUUCAACUUCACCAGGACCGGCAGAGGAUUCGUCGAUAGUGAAGCAGAGCUGUCGACUUACUUCCUGGACUGUCCCCUGCAAUUUGUAUGCGACGUGGACACGUGGGCGAGCAGAGACCAUGAAUACUUCGCGGAGCGUCUCAUUGCCUCCUGGUUCAGAAAUCCGAACCACACUUGGCAACACGAGAACGCGGGCAUCUAUGCAGGGCGAGGCACCUGCAGGGAGAUGUACCCAUGCCCCUUCGACGUCCAGGAGGUCGUGGGAAUCAGGAUUCCCGGUUCCCAGAGAAUUGCCGCCGGCAGUAACGAAGUCAACGUCGACGAUUCCUACUCGUUCUUCUAAGCUAAGGAGGAGAAAUGUCCUGCUGGGAUUCUACCUCGAUUAUUGUGAAGGGUUUUGUUUGUGUGUGUGACUGAGAAUCCCUCAGUGGUGAUGCCCUAGUAAUACAAGUCUCAGUGACUGAUUCCAGAUGAGAAUCCUUCAGUGGUGAUGCCUCAGUAAUGAAUACCUCAGUGACUCUCAUUCCGCUUUGGUCAGUGAUGCUGUCUCAGAACUAUCUCAGUGACUUGAUUCCAGUUGGGAAUCCUUCAGUUGUUGUUGUCUCAGUAAUAGAAAUCUCAGUGACUUGACUCCAUUUGAUUCCAGUUUUUCUGGGACGUGAAGGAUUUGCCUGGAAAUCUCUGUUUCCAGUUUUUCUGGGACGUGAAGGAUUUGCCUGGAAAUCUCUGUUUCCAGUUUUUCUGGGACGUGAAGGAUUUGCCUGGAAAUCUCUGUAAGGACACAAGACGACCAAGCAAGACUGAUUUAUGAGAAAUUUUUGAAUUUAGAGAGAAAAUGUAUGAAGUGUCCAGUAAAGCAGAAGGGAGAUUAAAGGAAUAUGUUACAAAGAGGAAUUCCUAACUCGCUAAUCUCGGCAGCGAGGAGACCUGGUAAAUUGAUUUGUUUACACAGCUGAGUAAAUAACAAUAAACAAAAUAUGUUGAUUUGCUUGUUCACAAAAUCCAAUAUAUUUUUUUUUAAAUCAGCACUUUUUGUAAAAUAUUUCAUUUUUAUUUUUGUUUUUGUAAGAUCCAGCAUUUUUGUAAAAUUUCCAUUGAGGUUUUCACAAAAUCCAGCAUUUUUGUAAAAUGUUCACUAGGUUUUGAAGAAAAUCUAGCAUUUUUGUAAAUUGUUCAUUCGGUUUUUCACAAAAUCCAGCAUUAUUGUAAAAUGUUCAUUCAGUUUUUCAUAGAUUCCAGCAUUUUUGUAAAAUAUUCUUUCUUCACAAAAGCCAGCAUUUUUGUAAAAUGUUCUUUCUUCACAAAAGCCAGCAUUUUUGUAAAAUAUUCUUUCUUCACAAAAGCCAGCAUUUUUGUAAAAUGUGUUUUCGACUUUUUCACAAAACUCAGCACUGUUGUGAAAUAUUUAUUCGGUAUUCCACAGAAACCCAUUUGUGAAAUAUUUACAUCUGAAUAAACCUUGGAUGUUGACACAUUAUCAGUUGCAGAUAAUCUUGAAGAAUUUCAUGAUGACUAAACUUGUAAUUAUUGUAAAUUUUUCUGAGACUGAUAUAAAUGUUUAUUUGGACUGAGUAUAUAUGUGGUGCUUGUAACUGUAAGUUCAUAAUAGCAAUGGAGUUUAUUCUACGUUAAUGUUCAGUCAACUGCGUUGGAAUUAUGUCAAUAUGUAAAUUCAUUGACUUAUGCAAAUUAUCCAUUUUACUUUUUUUACAAAUAUGGUUCACUGAACUACUAAGCGUAAUUAUUUCCUAAUUAUCAGUCAUUUCGGCCCCAUAUUAGGACACAGGAAAAAGCUAUGAAUGUGUUUGAUAUGAGGAAAACAUUGUAAGUUAGAAUAGAACAUGCUUAUAAUACAAAUGUCACUAAAAAUAA